AUGACCCAACGCAUUGUCUCCGGCGCGCCCCACGAACUUGACCACUCGCUGGACACUAGCCUGCGCCCGCGCCGCAUCAUCGACUACAUCGGACAGACCGCAGUCAAGAACCUGCUCGCCAUCAGCAUCAAGGCGGCGCAGCAGCGCGGCGAACCGCUCGACCAUGUUCUCCUGUACGGCCCCCCAGGACUCGGCAAGACCACUCUCGCCAACAUCAUGGCAUUCGAGAUGGGUGUCAACAUCAAGACCACCUCUGGGCCCGCCAUCGAGCGUCCCGGAGACAUGGUGGCUACACUCACGCAGAUGCAAGAGGGAGAUAUCCUUUUUAUCGACGAAAUCCACCGACUCGGCCGCGUCGUAGAAGAAGUUUUGUACCCGGCUAUGGAGGACUACUUCGUGUCCUGGGUCAUCGACAAAGGACUCAAGGCGCGCAGCAUGAACCUUUCAAUCAAGCCCUUCACUCUCAUCGGCGCGACCACGCGCUACGGCAUGCUCAGCCCGCCCCUGCGCGACCGCUUCGGCAACAUACACCGCCUCGACUUCUACGACGAAGAUGCAAUGGCAACCAUCGUCGAACGCUCCUCGCGGAUCCUGGAAAUCGAAGCAGAGCCGGAGGGCGUAACCGAAGUUGCCCGCCGAGCGCGCGGAACGCCCCGUAUCGCCAACCGCCCUGUUGCGCCGCGUCCGAGACUACGCACAGGUCAUCGGCGACGGCAUCAUCACAGCUAA